AUGUAUACUCCCGAUAGACAUUUGAGAACAAGGCGUCGCGAAGCUUUGCAUGAGAGGUUAGAAAGCGCAUCGGAACAUGUGCUCGCGGCAUCUGACGUGAUUCCCGCUAUGAAUCCGCAAAGUUCUUGUGUAGACAAGGUGGAUAUUGUGCAUAGUGGACUAAUCAAGAAAUCGAUUGCGUCGUCGCAACGCACUACGUCGUCGCGCGUGAGACGUAAACAGCUCGAGUUGGCAGCAGCGGUGGCCAGAGCGGAGGUCGUUCAGAAGAGGUUAGAAUACGAGCAAGCCAGAAGUGAGCACGAGAGACAUUCCUCGGACCACAGUUCGAGGAUGGACGGAGCUGGCAGCAGCAUUUCCGGAAAACCGGCCGGGAACAUUACAGGCGAGCAUCAGGAGUCGGCCAUGCCGGCAGCGAUGACGACGGCAGCGGAGGCAGCGCGAGCACUUUAUGAUGAACCAGUUCGCGCCCCAGCCCUCCACCCGCCUGUCGACAACAUUAUCCAGCUUGCCCACACCCUCAAGGAGAUGAUGACUACCUCAUCGAGCCAGCAAGAGGAGCGCCUGCUCACCCGCCUGUCAACACCACGAGAGUUACCAGUGUUUAGUGGAGACUGUAUAGAUUGGCUGCACUUUAAAAGUGCCUACGAUGAAUCUACACGCAUUUGCCAGUUCAGUGAUUCUGAAAACGUAUGGAGAUUGCGACGAGCCCUCAAAGGUGAGGCUAAGGAGGCCGUGACAGAUCUGUUGAUCGGCUACACAUCUCCAGCUGUCAUCAUGGAGGCACUGGAACUGAGGUUUGGCAAUUCCGAUUUAGUUAUUCUUCAGGUCACUUCGCAAAUGAGAAAGUUAGCUCCAUUACCCAACAACUAUCAGAAUGAUAUUAUCACAUUUUCGAUUAAAGUCAAUAAUUGUGUUGCUACCUUAUUUUCACUUAAUCAACACGAUUACUUGCGUAGUCCGGAGCUAGCAGCUGCCAUAAUAUCUAAGCUGCCUAGUAUACUGAUCAGCAAGUGGACAGACUACGCAUACGCUAAGUUGUCAUUGAACAUACCUAAGCUACAAUUACUGUCUGCAUUUCUUAAACGAGAGGCUGAGAUGGUAUCCGUUGUAGGUGUUGCGAACCUGCGAGACAAAAGAAUCGAACCUGCUACAUCAUCCACAUUCCAACUGCAGCGUUCCAACAAACCUCGCCCCAUUUUAACUACAACAGCGUCAGUAAGCUUAUGUUUAUUCUGUAAAAAACAGACACAUUUAUUGAGCGAAUGCCGACCGUUUAAAAAGGCUAUGAGGAAAGAUCGAUGGAGAUUUGUUAAAUCGAAACGAUUAUGUUUUUGCUGCCUAUUAGAACGUCACGAGCGGAAUGUAUGUCCGGCGCCUGUGUGCGAUAUUGAUAACUGCGGUCUAGCGCACCAUCGCUUACUUCAUUAUAAAAAGCCUACCGAUGCACGCACACAACCGCCGGCUCCGCCUAGCAACGGAAGAGACGACGAACCAAUCUACUCAGCUGAUGAGGAUGAGUCACCGCGCCGGGAGACUGUCGCAAGCGUGACGGUCCCUCCCACGCCUACCGCGCCGCAGCAGGGUGCGCAGGGCGGUAGCGGGCGCCUUCCGCCCGCGCCCGCCGGCGUACCCCCCUCCAAAAGUGCGGUAAUGUUGAAAGUUGUAAAAGUGCACGUGAGUGGUCCAAAGUGUUCGAUAUCUACUUAUGCGCUAUUAGAUGACGGUGCGUCAAUAUCUAUGAUAGAUAAGAGUCUAGUUCAAGAGUUAGGUAUUUCUCUAUCGAAGUCUAACCCUAUAAAAUUUAUAGAUGCAUUCGGCAUAGAAGUUUUUCAAGCUGAUGCCCCCAAAGUUUGUACGAAGAUACGUGGCUUUCAUGAAAAACAAUCUUAUAAUGUUACUUUGCGCCAAGUUGAUAAAUUAAAAUUACCUAAACAAGAUUUGUCAAUUGUUAAUGAUCUGAGUUGUAAACACUUAUUACAUAUUAAGGACAUCGUCUGUAAACAAUGCGUGGUGCCUCGCCUACUAAUAGGAGAGGACAAUUAUUCCCUGCUCGCCCCCUUAGAACUAUUGCAUGGUAAUGAGCGUGAACCUUACGCUACGCGGUGUCGUUUAGGAUGGUCCAUUCACGGCUGCUACGGUCUCACUCACUCUUCCGUGAACGGGCAUACUUUCCAUCUCUCUCACGCUGAGGCGCAGGAGGCGUUUUGCACCGAUAGUAAGUCGGACAUGAAUAUCGACGUGUUAAAUGAUUUGGUUAAAAAAUCAUUUGAGUUAGACUCAAUUGGAGUAUCAACGUUGAAGCGCGAGAAUACGGCACAUUUGCGAGCUGUACGUAUACUAGACGAUACAGCGCGCCACCUAGCACAAUACAUAAGAAAUAAAAAUGCGCAAAAAUAUCAAGAUAUACACCCUGAAGCGGUUAGCGUUAUAAUGCAAAAUCAUUACGUCGACGACUGCUUACACUCGUGCUCGACGGAAGCUCAGGCCAGCCGACUCGUGAGUGAAAUAACAUCUAUUCAUAAGUCGGGAGGGCUGGAAUUGCAGGGUGCGCUGCUAGCGGCGCGGCUUGCCGCUACUAUUCAGAGCGAACAUAAGGACAUUCAGCCUACUAAAAGGUAUUUUUGGACGGAUUCGAGCACUGUCCUGCAAUGGAUCAGAAGCGACCCGCGCGAUUAUAAGCCAUAUGUGGCUCAUCGCCUAGGCGAAAUUGACGAAUUGACUAAAUCAUGUGAGUGGCGUUACGUGCCCACCGGCCUCAACGUAGCCGACCUAGCCACACGAGAGGAUGCGUCUCCGCUUACCUACUCUAGUGACUGGUUUCAAGGUCCCUCGUUUUUGCGCCGCCCUGAGGAACAGUGGCCCCGGGACCUCAAGCGUGUUAGGCCGCUAGAUGAGGCAAUGCGUGAGAUGCGCUCCAUUAUGGUUGUAGCCGAAAAUGAUUGCUCAGGGUUAUCUUUACCUAGUGAAGAUAACAUCUCGACUUGGCUCACACUCGUACGUGCUACGGCAAGAGUUUUAAUGUUCAUUAGAAGAUGUCAACGCAAGGCUUGUCAAAUAGAUACUCUUCUAAUGAAGGAGGCAGAGGACCUACUGAUAAAAAAAUGUCAACUCGACAGUUUCAGCUCGGAAAUAUCGUGUCUCAUACAAAAAAAGGAGCUGCCGUCAAACAGCCGUUUGCUACAGCUAUCACCCUUUCUUGAUAGAUCCGGGAUGGUACGUGUAAGUGGCCGUAUCGAUAGGGUGGUAGGAGUAGAGUACGGCACCCGAAGACCUGCUAUACUCGACGGACGGCACCGGAUAGCACGCUUGAUAGUGGAACACCACCACAGACAAGCACUGCAUGGUGCAAACGAACUUGUCGUAAACAACUUACGGCAAAAUUACUGGAUUGUGAAUUCGAGACCUACCGUGCGUACUAUUGCGUCUCAGUGCUUAUUUUGUCGCUACAGACGAGCAGUACCUCAGCCACAACGCAUGGCUGAUCUGCCGGAGGCUCGGCUGCAACAUAAUAGGCGACCCUUCAGUUACUCAGGUGUCGACUUUUUUGGCCCACUCGAGGUCACUAUUGGUCGCAGGAGAUGCAAGCGCUAUGGGAUGCUUUUUACUUGUCUCACAGUUCGUGCGGUCCACAUCGAGGUGACCGAGGAUCUUACAGCCGAUUCCACGAUUAUGGCACUGCGUCGGAUGGCCGCUAGACGCGGAAUGCCACAGGUAAUUAUCUCCGAUAACGGCACCAACCUUAGAGGAGCAAACGCUGAGCUGAACCGGAGCAUCGCGGAGCUCAAUACGGAGGCAGUACGCGAAGCCGGAGUGGUACGCGGCGUCGAUUGGCGAUUCAUCCCCCCAGGCGCGCCAGAGAUGGGCGGUUCGUGGGAGCGAAUGAUUCGCACUGUGAAAACCUCCCUUAAGGUAAUUCUCAAGGAGCGGGCACCUCACCCCGACACGUUACUUACCUUGCUUGCCGAGGUGGAGGCGCUAGUCAACAGCCGCCCCAUCACUCACGUUUCUAACGACCCGAACUACCCCGAGGCGCUCACGCCAAAUCAUUUUUUGAUUGGCACAUCAUCCACCAGCCCUCAGUUUGGUAUUUAUGUCGAUGCCGACUUGUGUUUACGCAGACGCUGGCGCGUUGCACAAAGAUUGACUGAUAUGUUUUGGUCCCGAUGGCUGAAGGAAUAUCUGCCUACACUUUUACCACGUCAAAAGUGGACUCGCGAAGCUAGGUCCCUACAGGUAGGUGACUACGUAAUUCUUGUCGAGCCUAACAUAGAGCGAGGCAGCUGGCGUCAUGGAGUAGUGAGUGCUACCCACGCAGGCACGGAUGGCCGUGUUCGUAUGGUAGACGUGCGCACACGCACGGGCGUGCUACGUAGACCGGUAACGCGCGUCGCUCUACUUGUCCCACAGGAUAGUAGUGCGAAUUAG